UCGGCAGCAUGACCGCUUACGAAAGCUUUCAGAGCUUACUGUCGUUCUUCCGGGUAACCGGAUGCUGUCCGGUUGGUGGACUCGCGGGAGAGCAUCCACGACUCCUCGAGGACGGGCGAAAGUCGUGGUACACGCUGUACAGCGUGCUAUGCCUAGCCAUUGCGUUGUUUACCGCGAUAGACGUCAUACACGAUUCCAGCACACGCGGAAGCCUCGAAGCAAGGCUUCACAUAUUCUUCUCCUUGGUGUUAAUGGCGCAGUGCUACAUUGUCUUCGGCGUCGCAGUCGCGCGUUCUCGGCUGCUCGUCUCCUUCCUCAGGCAGUGCGUCCGCUUGGAGAAUCUCAGGCCACCUUCAAGAAGCCGCCAGAAGAGCGUCAAGAGGCUGCUGCGCAUACUCGCCGUGUACGCAGCCAUCUGCUCCUGCAUGCAGUGCGCAUCGAAGAUCCUAGCGCUACUGCGCUCAACUGGUCUGAGACAGAUAGUACACCGCUGUUUCGUUCUGGUUGGUGCAUUAUACAUCAUUUCCUGGAGCAUGAUGACAGAGGCUAUCGUGUGCCUUGCGUCGCAGCUCAUCGGUAUCUAUAUCGAAGUGGCUGCGAACGACAUAGAGAUAUACGGUUCUUCGUCCGCGAUCAGGAUUCAGAGCACAGAGUUUCUCUGCGAGGCCCGCCUCACUUUUCAGAGACUGAGGCAACUUUUUCUGACAGCGGAGAAAUUUUUGUCCGUUCCCCUUCUCGUAACUUUCGCCGCAGUGAUGACCAACACGUGUACAAUGAUGUUCUUCAUGGUCACGACCGAAAUCCAUCUUGGGUACGUUUCGAAGGCAAUGGCUGUUGGACAUGUGGUUCACACCACGCUCACAUUGGCCGUGGCAACGAGCUACGCCCAAAAUGUGACUGAGCAGGCGGGAAAGCUGAAGCAGUCUCUAUUAACGUGGAUUAAAGCCGGCGUCGACAGAGCGUUUCAAAAAGAGGUCUUUUCGCUGGUGCUGAUUUUCAAGGAAGAGACUUUCACCUUCAACGCCUGCGGCUUCUUCAAUGUUGAAUCACCAAUAUUCAGACCGAUGGUCGGCGUCGUGGUCACUUACACACUCGUGCUCUACCAGACAAAGCUAGCGGCCCUCUCGUGGUCGCCGCCACCGUGCGCCGUGGACGCCAACUCUUCACUGACACCAAUUCACCAGCCUUUGCAAACGUAA